AAUACUAAAAGUAUUGAAAAUAAUAUGGAUAUUAAAAGUGUUGAAAAUGCUAAAUAUUAUAGCCAAGAAGAUGAAUUAGAUGAUGAUCAAUUAACCCAGAAAUCUGAAGGAAAUGAGUCAACUAUUUUAAAUAAGAACUCAAGAAAACUAUUAUCUUUCUUAAUGGAACCAUUAGAAAAAGCUACAAAAUUACUGUCUACAAGUUCAUAUCUAACAAUCGCAGAUGUUCAAUUUUUAUUUAGUGGUAUUCAAGAUUAUCUUGAAGACUAUGUAGAAAAUAGUGAAUCUGAAUUAGGUUCUGGAACAAACCAAGACUCUACAGAUGAAUUAGAGCGAUACUUAGCUUUGUCCU